GUUCUCACACAUACUCAAACACAUACAUCUGGGUAUGUGUUUGCACUUUGGAAAACAGGGACCAGGGAGCUUGUGUUUUCAGAUCUGACUCCACUUAGGCAUCCAUUUCCUCUAGUGUGGACAUCAUGAUCAGAUCCCUAAAAAAGACAUUGCUGUCCCAGAACCUCGAGUCACCUAAAUGGAGCCCAGCAAAGGUUGAGGUGCCUGGAUGUGAACUCCGGCAUUAUGAAGCUGGUAUGUGGGCCAGCACUGUGAUCCAAGGUGAGAGCCAGAAAGAGGCACUUCGGCAAGGGGUCAGAAAACUCCUCCACUAUAUCCAGGGAGAGAAUGAGACAGAGACUGAGAUUGAAAAAACAGUGCCAGUGACCUGCCUGGUGCAGCCUGGCACCACUGAAUACAAGGUUUCCUUCUUUGUGCCAAAAAAGCAUCAGAAUUCUCCACCAGAGCCCACAGACCCAGAGGUGUUCCUUGAGCUGAGGAAAGGAGCAGCCAUUUUUGUCAGGUCAUUUGGAGGAUUUGCUUCUGUGGAAAAAUUCAGCAAAGAAGCAAAAGCUCUGGCAGAUACUUUGCAAAAAGAAGGUCAAUCCUUUCAUUCCGAUUUCUACUAUACGGCUGGCUAUAACCACCCCUUUACACUCUUCAACAGACAUAAUGAAGUUUGGUAUUUCAAAAAGGAAGAGAUAGAAGGUUUGUGGAUGGCAAAGAACUUUCUUGGGAAAAUCGGCAAACUUCUAGUCUGAUGCACAUAGUGAACAACACCUGGGCAUCGACCUCACUACCACCAACUUGACCGUGUGAAUUUGUAUGUACCUGUUCUUUCUUUUCUUGUCAAAUCACAUAAUUAUGUACAGUGUUUUUGCCAAGUGAAAGUAAUCUAUAAAAUUCUAGAUUUCUUAUUGAAGGAAGUUGUAUACUUACUCAAAAAAACUAAGCUCAACAAGGCUUUUGAAUACUCACUGUCACUUAAAAUUCUUUCCUCCCAAGUAUACCUCAAGUCUAGAGUGGAUGCAAUAGAUCAUCCUUCCCUUUACUGGUGCUAAGUUUUUUAUCUAUGUGAAAUUCAUAGUUGUUUAAAGAGAUCAUGACAGAAAUUAAUGUACAAUAUCACUUUAUUAAAAUUCUGUUGUGCACUUUAAUAUCAUAUUGGUGU